AACAGAAAAGUCGAGAAUGGGAUUCAGGAGCUGCACGCACAUCCUUACUCUAGUAUUGCCACUCUGGGCUUUGGCUAUUUGUUUGCUUGUGGCGGUACCAGUCCCAGCCCAGACAUCUAGUCUAGAAAUCUCAAAACAGCAACACCGAUUACAGGAAUUGGGAGCGGAUGCGGACCAGUCCAACGCAAACUUAGCUGAGCCAUUAUUCUCCCGAUUCGGUGACAGACGAAACCAGAAAAAUUUUGGUUUCGGGCGUAGAGUGCCUCUCAUAUCCCGCCCAAUAAUACCAAUUGAAAUGGACCUCUUGGUGGAUAACAAUGAGGAUCGGACAAAAGCUAAGCGGUUUGACGACUACGGCCACAUGCGGUUUGGCAAAAGGGGAGGGGAUGAUCAGUUUGAUGACUAUGGGCACAUGCGAUUUGGCCGGUAAGCCCAAGCCAAACAUUUAGCGGAGAUAAGUCAUUAAGAUAUGUUUAUUUCAAUUCUGUAAUCAAAAAUAUCGAAGUCAAGGAAUACAUUAGAAGAUAUUUAUAAAGUUAUACAUGCUGGCAU